UGCCUGAAGCCUGGAGCAGUCAGGAGAAAGCGACCAGGAAUGGGAGACAUGAAAACACCAGAUUUUGAUGACCUGUUGGCAGCAUUUGAUAUUCCAGACAUUGAUGCUAAAGAGGCAAUUCAGUCUAACUCUGGGGAUCCUGAUGGGAAUCGCAGUGAAUCCAGUGGUGGAAAAGAGAGAAGUGAGGGUCCAAAUCAAAGACCUACCAGUUCCUCAGAAGUCUGUGAAAGCAUUCCUCUAGCUUCCCAUGACUUGCCUGCUGUGAGUGUUAUAGUGAAGAACAGUGUAUGUUCUGAUGUGUACAUAAGUGGAGAAGAUGAGGAGGAUGAGGAUAUGGUCAGUCAAGUAAGAGAUGUUCUGGAUGAGGUGGACAGAAGUGGAGGUGGUGCCCUGCUGUCUCCCCAGCUUCUGCCUAGACCACACAGCCUUUUGCCAUCCGACACACUGCUCUAUAAUGGAUUCAAGGCUGUCUCAGAUGGAACUCUGGAAGCCUCCCUGCACUCCACUCCAACCCCAAUGCAACCCAAUGGACAGCUCUGGUCUCUUUGCUCGCCUAAAACCGCCAGUGAAGGUGAUGAGGGCAACCAGGAUGGUGGUUCCUGCAAUCACCCUGCCAUAUUUCCACCUCACGUGCCUUUACCUGUUUCUGCUCCUUCCACAAAUGUAAUUGGUUUGCUCCCCUCCAAAGUUGAUGAAGAUGAAGUAGGACAUCCUUCUCCCAUCAGCUCCAAUCUUUUAGAUCAGUCUUUAAACAGCAUCUCAAAGGCUGGAGUCCAACAUCCUUUAUGUGAAGAUGAAGAGUCAGAACCAGACCUUGAAAGCCCCCCACUUAUGAUCCAGGAGAGUCCAGACCUCCAAAUGUCUCCUCAUAGACAUGAGUCGUCUAGUGACUUCCCAGCUGCCUCUCCCUCAUAUCAGUCUUUGCCCUCUAGUAAAAGCCCAGUUAGAGAGGACACUUCUGUCCCACAGCACUUGUCUCCCAUUGGCCCCCAUCAGACACCCACACAGGGCAAUAGUAAUUCCACUUCCAUGACUGAAAAAAAUGACUCGCCCAAUGCAGAGCGAUACCCUGAGCACAUUAUCGAUGAGAGAGACUCUCCUGAAAGCCCAGAGCCAGAAACACCUGCUUGCCUGCAGGGGAGAGACUUAAUGUCAGCUGCUACCCAGAAGAGCACCAGCCCAUUGCAGCUAUCCACCUCUUUGCUGACCACCCAGCUAGGGGAGAAAGUGCUUGGACAGGAGAGUGCAGUGGAGGUUCCUGGCAAGAAAGAUGCUGUGGAGAGUGGGGGGAAUGGGCAGGAACUCGGAGAUGGUGACCAGCUUAUGAAAAGUGACGAGCAAAGUAAGGUGGACGUGAAGGUGGACACAGAAGGAGCAAAGUCCUCAAGGUCUGACCCAAAGCCUGCUACUGAGAACAGCACAGACCCCUCCAUGGUGCCCUCUAGGCCUCUGAAAGUUCGAAUCAAGACAGUUAAAACCUUGACCGGCAACAUCACACGAACUGUUACCAGGGUGGCCCCUAAAGGAGCAACAGGUGGGGCCACCAAAGGCCCUGAUGGGGCAAAGAUCCAGUUGGGGGCUCGUAAGGUGUUGAGCCGGCCUAAAAGACCUGCUGCUGCUAUCUCUGGGCAGCCUCAGGGUGCGAAGACUCCGGUGCUGCCUGUGGCCACCUUGCAAGAUGCCAGCGCAGCCAUGCUGUUUGCUGCCAGCAAGGCGCAGAAACUUGCCCGCCCUGCCUGUGGUGGCCCAAAAGCGGCGGCCACGCCUUCCGUUUCCUCCUCAUCGGAGUCGGUUGUCACAGCUCGCGUGCUGGGCCACAAGAUGGUCCGCAGUGCCGGACCUUCCGGCAGACCGGUGUCCAUCAUGAACAGCCCUGGAGCCCCAGUCUCCCGCAGCCAGUCCACCCUUGUUGAGGCCUUUAACAAGAUCCUCAAUGGCAAAAAUCCCCUGCCCAGCUAUCAGCCUGACCUCUCCACGCUGCCACCCCCCGAGUGGGGCCUGGGUGUGCCCGCCACUGGCUACCGCUGCCUGGAGUGCGGCGACGCCUUUGCCCUGGAGCGCAGCUUGGCGCGCCACUACGAUCGGCGCUCCCUGCGCAUUGAGGUGACAUGCAACCAUUGCACCAAGCGCCUGAUCUUCUUUAACAAGUGCAGCCUGCUGCUGCAUGCACGCAAGCACAAGGAGAAAGGCCUGGUCAUGCAGUGCUCGCACCUGGUCAUGAAGCCUGUCAGUGUGGAGCAGAUGAUUGGCCAGCCAGACACCGUGCCCGUAGGUGUGCUCUCUCCACCUCUGCUGGCUUCCUCUUGUGUGCCUGGAAUAGAGGAUGUCUCUGCACAGCCUGGGGUACUUGAUAACUGGUGCCCGGAGUGUAAUAGCCUGUUCAGCUCGAGGGAAGAGCUGGCCGCACACUUCCAGCAUGCUGAGCCCUCUGGUGUCGACACGUGCUGCAUGCAGUGCUCUCCUCCGAUGCCUCUGUGGAAUCCCUGCAGUGCAGCAGCCCACCAACGUCUUCACCAGCACCUCUCCCCUCUCGUCUGCCCUGAGUGUGGCCUCAUCUGCCAGCCCCACAGCCUCAGCACACACACACAGCAAGCCUGCCUGCACUACGCACGCCAGCUUGGACACAGGUGUGACUGUUGUCAGGUGGUGUUUGGAGGUGUGAAUAGUCUAAAUGCAGUGAAGACUCACAUGCAGACAGCUCAUUGUGAAAUCUUCCAUAAAUGCCCCUCCUGUCCCAUGGCCUUCAAAUCUGCCUCCAGUGCUGAUGCCCACUGUACUGCUCAGCACCCUGAUCUCUCACACACACCCAAGCAUUCCAAAGAGAUCUAUAAAUGUGUGAUGUGUCGGACCCUUUUUACCCAGAAAGGCUUGCUCAACCUCCAUUUUGACACUCACCUAGUGAAACAAAAGGUGCAAGUGUUUAAAUGCCCUGACUGCAACAAGGUGUUCACACAGAGAGGUUCCCUCCUAGAACAUGUAAAGGCUUCUCACAGGAACACUGCGGUUCACCUGAACGACAUAUCGGCUCGGAGGGGAUCCGUGAAGAUGGUGGGCUCCAAUGGUGAAGAGUGGAGGAGAGAAGAUGAGGAGGAAGGUGUGGGAAAUCCAGGAGCUAUGGAGAGCCCCGCCCUUCCCGAUGUCCUGAUCUGGAGCUGCUCAGAGUGUCAGACACGCUACACCAACAAAGACAACUACAUCAGCCACAUGGCUACCCAGCACAGAAAGGAGCUGAAGAGGUUUCCCUGCACACAGUGUGAAGGCUCCUUCUCAUCCUCCUCCAGUCUCAGGCGACACAUCCGUGUCAAACACAAAGGCAUCAAAAGAGCUUCCUUCUACUGCCAGUUGUGCACUGAGGGCAAAAAGAGUUUUAGCAGUAAGCUGAUCCUGGAGAAACAUAUGCAAAUUCAUCAUGGAGGACAAAGAGGAGCAAGCACUCCAAGCCAGGUAUGUCCUCGCUCCACUGACACUGCUGACAGCUCCUCUGAGCAAGACGGAGCCCUCAACACCGUGACUGCUGCCUCUGCAGAGGAUGGCUCACCGGUCAAGGGCCACCCACCUCGUUCUCUCCGGGGAGGAUGGCCCCAGGACCAGGAAGGGGUGGGCUUCCGCUGCAUGCCAUGUGGCUUUAUUUCAGAAGAUAAGGAGGAGUUUCGACACCACAUCAAGAGUCACCGUGGCGAUAUGGGCGGGGCAGUGCAGUGUCAGCAGUGUGGGGCAUGUUUUGCGUCUGGCUCUUCCCUCAGUCGCCAUCGCUUCAUCAGCCACCGCAUGCGUGAUGCAGACUCCGAGCGUUCCUCCACACCCACACCCGCCCCUGACGGAGAUGAUCAGCAAAGUAACGUGACUCCUGGGCCUGCAGCAAGGGCAGCAUCUCCAGCGUUACCACCACAGCCAGAGGAUGGGGAAGACAAGUUUGCUUGCAAAGUGUGCAGAUGUCAGUUCAGCAAGGCUGCCGAUCUCAACACGCACUUCCGAACUCAUGGCAUGGCCUUCCUUACGAGCUACAAAACGGACAAGCCGAACUGAGACAGCGCAGAGGAGGGGGGAUGUGGGGAGCCUGACAAUGAAUGAAGCUGUAGUUUAAAAUGUGAUGCUCUACUGACCUUGUGUUUACACUGAAUGUUGCUCUAAAAAAAUGUGCCUUAAACACUCCACACCGACACUCGCAAUAGUAGUGUACCUGGUUAAAGUUCAACGGUAACUUUAAAGAAUUUCAAUCAGAGCUCCGUGUAGUCUUGAUAAAGGGGAUCUGGCAAGUAUAAUUACAUUUGUUUUAUGUAGUUAUUUAGUCUGAUUACGUUUUGAUGUUGUUUAACCCCUAUGGGUCUUAAUAUUCACAGUUGCCUUUGUAACAGACAAGCAUUGUCUAUCCUGACUAAUCGUUCCCUACAUCACUUUAAGGGUCAUUCUGUGCUGGUACCACAGACAAACAUUUUGAUGUGUCAUCAAAUUCAAAGUAUAGGUUUUGUAUACCUAGUAUGGCACCGAACACAACAAGCAGUCCAUGUAGUAAUUAAACCUUUAAAAACCAUAAAUGUAAAAUAUUUCAUAGAGACCUCCUUUUUUUUUUUUUUUUUCUGUCAUGUUAUUCUGAGAACUCCACCUGUCCGAUUUUGCUGGCUAGUCUUCCUUCAGUAGUAGUUCCAUCUUAGAGUGAGUUAUGCAGGUUUGCAGUUUAAUUUAUAAAUACCUUCAACAGAAAAUUGUGAAAGCACUCUAGAAAAUAUUUCAUCACUCUGGCUUUAAAUGUUUAAGAUACUACUUGUCUUUAAAUGUAGUUUCGAAUGAUUAUAUUAUAAUAAUAUAUUCUGUUCUAAAUACACAGAGACUGAUAGCUAAUUGUCAGUUGUAAUAUAGUUAGACACAGUUGCAGGAGAUGGAGAUUACAGUUACCUUACAAUAACCCUUUAAUUUUAAAUGCUUGGUUCUGAUUUUGGAUAUAUAUUGAUAUGAUUUCUGUUUUUAAUUCUCAAUAAUCAGUCGAAAAAGUAUAAUGUAUUAAUGGUCAUAGUAAAAUUUAAAAUGAGAUGCUGUAAUGGUUACCUUUCUGUUCUAAUUAUGAUUGUCUUAUAUACUGUACUGAUAUGUUUACUAAUGAUAUGCCUAAUAAGCCAUUGAAUUUGGGAUUCGAUUCUGCUUAGAUGAAGAGGAACCUUAGAAUGCAGCAGUGUGUGACGAAGUGAAGGGAUUGUAUGAGCAAGGAAGGCAGGGGAGGAGAGGGACAUGAAGGCACUUGCCUGACUACUUGGUCUAAACAGACAUUGUGUUCUCUAUAUUCUCAUACUUGGACAAAUCUAAGUAUAUAAAGGUUUGUAAUGAUAUGUAUUACUAGCAGUAACGUGGCUAUUUAUUUUUCUUU